UCCCCUCAGGCUGUUUCAGCUGGCGUGGCAGGUGCGAACGGGGACAAUAUACAGCUGCAAAACCCUUCAGAAGGUAGGGAGUUUCCGCCACCAGAUGUGUGACGGUGGGGCCUGUCAACGUACAACCGAUCUCUACUGGUGGGGAGUGAUGGCACGGCACCUCAUACAUCUACUUCAUCAGCGCUUCUAAUUUUAAGACGCUGCAUAAGGUGCAAGUGACGGAUGGCGGCACUCCCAUUGCCUGGAUGGAUGGAUCCGGUGUCAGGGCGAGUAGCAUCAUGGAUGGAUGCAUUGCUCUCUCCCCUCUCAGCAUAAGGGUACCCCCUUCCCCCCACCCCUCACACCCUCUCGCUUGUAUCUCAAUCAUGCCCUCUCGCCUGUAUCCCAAUCAUGCCCUCUCGCAUGUAUCCCAAUCAUGCCCUCUUGCCCGUAUCCCAAUCAUGCCCUCUCGUUUGUAUCCCAUUCAUGCCCUCUCGCGUGUAUCCCAAUCAUGCCCUCUCGCGUGUAUCCCAAUCAUGCCCUCUCGCCUGUAUCCCAAUCAUGCCCUCUCGCUUGUAUCCCAAUCAUGCCCUCUCGCCUGUAUCCCAAUCAUGCCCUCUCGCCUGUAUCCCAAUCUUGCCCUCUCGCCUGUAUCCCAAUCAUGCCCUCUCUCCUGUAUCCCAAUCAUGCCCUCUCGCCUGUAUCCCAAUCAUGCACUCUCGCCUGUAUCCCAAUCAUGCACUCUCGCCUGUAUCCCAAUCAUGCACUCUCACCUGUGUCCCAAUCAUGCCCUCUCGCAUGUAUCCCAAUCAUGCCCUCUCGCCUGUAUCCCAAUAAUGCGCUCUCGACUGUAUCCCAAUCAUGCCCUCUCGCCUGUAUCCCAAUCAUGCCCUCUCGCCUGUAUCCCAAUCAUGCGCUCUCGCCUGUAUCCCAAUCAUGCCCUCUAGCGUGUAUCCCAAUCAUGCCCUCUAGCCUGUAUCCCCUUCAUGCCCUCUCGCCUCUAUCCUAAUCUUGUCCUCUCGCUUGUAUCCCAAUCAUGCACUCUCGCCUGUAUCCUAAUCCUGCACUCUCGCAUGUGUCCCAAUCUUUCCCUCUCGCCAACAUCCCAAUCAUGCCCCCUCACCUGUAUCCCAAUCAUGAACUCUCUCCUGUAUCCCAAUCAUGCCCUCUCGCCUGUAUCCCAAUCAUGCCCUCUCGCGUGUAUCCCAAUCAUGCCCUCUCGCGUGUAUCCCAAUCAUGCCCUCUCGCCUGUAUCCCAAUCAUGCCCUCUCGCUUGUAUCCCAAUCAUGCCCUCUCGCCUGUAUCCCAAUCAUGCUUUCUUACCUGUAUCCCAAUCAUGCCCUCUCUUUUGUAUCCCAAUCAUGCCCUUUUGCCUCUAUCCCAAUCAUGCCCUUUCGCCUGUAUCCCAAUCAUGCCCUCUCGCCUGUAUCCAAAUCAUGCCCUCUCGCCUGUAUCCCAAUCAUGCCCUCUCGCCUGCAUCCCAAUCAUGCACACCAAUCAUGCCCUCUCGCCUGUAUCCCAAUCAUGCCCUCUCGCCUAUGUCCCAAUCAUGCCCUCUCGCCUGUUUCCCAAUCACGCAGUCUCGCCUGUAUCUUUAUCAUGCACUCUCGCCUGUAUCCCAAUCAGCCCCUCUCGCCUGUAUCCCAAUCAUGCACUCUCGCCCUGUAUCCCAAUCAUGCCCUCUCGCCUGUAUCCCAAUCAUGCCCUCUCGCCUGUAUCCCAAUCAUGCCCUCUAGCCUGUAUCCCAAUCAUGCCCUAUUGCAUGUAUCCCAAUCAUCCCCUCCCGUCUGUAUCCCAAUCAUGCCCUUUUGCUUGUAUCCCAGUCAUGCCCUCUCGCCUUUAUCCCAAUCAUGCCCUCUCGCUUGUAUACCAAUCAUGCCCUCUCGCCUGUCUCCCAAUCAUGCCCUCUCGCCUGUAUCCCAAGCAUGCCCUCUCGCCUGUAUCCCAAUCAUGCCCUCUCGCCUGUAUCCUAAUCAUGCCCUCUCGUUUGUAUCCCAAUCAUGCCCUCUCGCCUGUAUCCCAAUCAUGCCGUCUCGCUUGUAUCCCAAUCACCUGUAUCCCAAUCAUGCCCUCUUGCCUGUAUCCCAAUCAUGCCCUCUCGCUUGUAUCUCAAUCAUGCCCUCUCGCUUGUAUCCCAAUCAUACCCUCUCGCAUGUAUCCCAAUCAUGCCCUCUUGCCUGUAUCCCAAUCAUGCCCUCUCGUUUGUAUCCUAGUCAUGCCCUCUUGCCUGUAUCCCAAUUAUGCCCUCUCGCCUGUAUCCCAAUCAUGCCCUCUCGCCUGUAUCCCAAUCAUGCCCUCUCGCCUGUAUCCCAAUCAUGCCCUCUCGCGUGUAUCCCAAUUAUGUGCUCUCGACUGUAUCCCAAUUAUGCCCCCUCACCUGUUUCCCAAUCAUGCCCUCUAGCCUGUAUCCCAAUCAUGCCCUCUCGCCUCUAUCCUAUUCUUGCCCUCUCGCUUGUAUCCCAAUCAUGCACUCUCGCCUGUCUCCCAAUCCUGCACUCUCGCCUAUAUCCCAAUCUUUCCCUUUCGCAUAUAUCCCAAUCAUGCCGCCUCAUUUGUAUCCCAAUCAUGCACUCUCACAUGUAUCCCAAUCAUGCCCUCUCGCCUGUAUCCCAAUCAGGCCCUCUCGCGUGCAUCCCAAUCAUGCCCUCUCGCCUGUAUCCUAAUCAUGCCCUCUCGUUUGUAUCCCAAUCAUGCCCUCUUGCCUGUAUCCCAAUCAUGCCCUCUCGCCUGUAUCCCAAUCAUGCCGUCUCCCUUGUAUCCCAAUCAUGCCCAUUCACCUGUAUCCCAAUCAUGCCCUCUUGCCUGUAUCCCAAUCAUGCCCUCUCGCCUGUAUCCCAAUCAUGCCCUCUCGCCUGUAUCCCAAUCAUGUCCUCUUGCCUGUAUCCCAAUCAUGCCCUCUCGUUUGUAUCCCAGUCAUGCCCUCUUGCCUGUAUCCCAAUCAUGCCCUCUCGCCUGUAUCGCAAUCAUGCCCUCUCGCUUGUAUCCCAAUCAUGCCCUCUCGCCUGUAUCCCAAUCAUGCCCUCUCGCUUGUAUCCCAAUCAUGCCCUCUCGCCUGUAUCCCAAUCAUGCCCUCUCGUUUGUAUCCCAGUCAUGCCCUCUUGCCUGUAUCCCAAUCAUGCCCUCUUGCCUGUAUCCUAAACAUGCCCUCUCGCCCGUAUCCCAAUCAUGCCCUCUCGCCUGUAUCUCAAUCAUGCCCUCUCGUGUGUAUCCCAAUCAUGCCCUCUCGCCUGUAUCCCAAUCAUGCCCUCUCGUUUGUAUCCCAAUCAUGCCCUCUCGCCCUGUAUCACAAGCAAGCCCUCUCGCCUGUAUCCCAAUCAUGCCCUAUUGCAUGUAUCCCAAUCAUCCCCUCCCGUCUGUAUCCCAAUCAUGCCCUCUUACUUGUAUCCCAGUCAUGCCCUCUCGCCCAUAUCUCAAUCAUCCCCUCUCGCGUGUAUCCCAAUCAUGCCCUCUCGCCUGUAUCCCAAUCAUGCCCUCUCGCCUGUAUCCCAAUCAUGCCCUCUCGCCUGUAUCCCAAUCAUGCCCUCUCUCCUGUAUCCUAAUCAUGCCCUCUCGUUUGUAUCCCAAUCAUGCCCUCUUGCCUGUAUCCCAAUCAUGCCCUCUCGCCUGUAUCCCAAUCAUGCCGUCUCCCUUGUAUCCCAAUCAUGCCCAUUCACCUGUAUCCCAAUCAUGCCCUCUUGCCUGUAUCCCAAUCAUGCCCUCUCGCUUGUAUCCCAAUCAUGCUCUCUCGCCUGUAUCCCAAUCAUGCCCUCUCGCCUGUAUCCCAAUCAUGUCCUCUUGCCUGUAUCCCAAUCAUGCCCUCUCGUUUGUAUCCCAGUCAUGCCCUCUUGCCUGUAUCCCAAUCAUGCCCUCUCGCCUGUAUCCCAAUCAUGCCCUCUCGCUUGUAUCCCAAUCAUGCCCUCUCGCCUGUAUCCCAAUCAUGCCCUCUCGCCUGUAUCCCCAUCAUGCCCUCUCGCCUGUAUCCCAAUCAUGCCCUCUCGCCUGUAUCCCAAUCAUGCACUCUCGCCUGUAUCCCAAUCAUGCCCUCUUGCCUGUAUCCCAAUCACGCAGUCUCGCCUGUAUCUUAAUCA